GGCAGACCAAAUCAUUAGCUUGGCCCUCUGACCAUUUUUCAUUUUCCUCCCAGGCCCACUCCCUCCUCUUCAUAUAUUCUGCACUUGCUCCUUCCCAUUCCCCACAUCCCUCACCUUCCAAAUCCCUUCUUCCUUCUGUUCUCAUCAACCCUUCUCUCUCUCUCUCUCUCUCUCUCGGGGUUUAAUUAGGGGUUUUAGAGGAAAAUGGGGGAUAUCUCUUGUGACAAUGGCAUUAGUGCUCAUGUGAAUGGUGUAAACGGGAAGGCUCAUUCAGCAGAGGGUCACAGGAAGAGCUGUUGGUAUGAAGAAGAGAUUGAAGAGAACUUGAGAUGGUGCUUUGCUCUCAACAGUAUUUUGCAUACCGGGGCCACCCAGUUCCAGGACAUCCAACUAUUGGACACAAAACCCUUUGGAAAGGCUCUGGUCAUUGAUGGGAAACUUCAGAGUGCAGAGAUAGAUGAAUUCAUCUACCAUGAAUCUCUUGUUCACCCAGCACUCCUUCACCAUCCCAAUCCAAAGACCAUAUUUAUCAUGGGAGGCGGUGAGGGUUCCACAGCUAGAGAGAUUCUCAGACAUGAGACUGUAGAGAAAGUUGUCAUGUGCGACAUUGAUGAGGAGGUGGUGGAUUUCUGCAAGUCAUACUUGGUUGUGAACAAAGAAGCUUUUGGUGACCCAAGGCUGGAACUUGUCAUCAAUGAUGCUAGAGCUGAGCUUGAAAGCAGAGAAGAGAGUUUUGAUGUAAUCAUUGGGGACCUGGCAGACCCAAUAGAAGGAGGCCCAUGUUAUCAGCUCUAUACCAAAUCGUUCUAUGAAUCAACUGUCAAACCGAGGCUAAGUCAUGGUGGCAUUUUUGUUACACAGGCAGGGCCCGCAGGAGUUUUCAGCCAUACAGAAGUUUUCUCCUGCAUUUACAACACUUUGAGGCAUGUUUUCAAAUAUGUUGUGCCUUUCUCUGCUCAUAUUCCUUCCUAUGCUGACACUUGGGGUUGGGUCAUGGCAUCAGACUCCCCAUUUACACACAGUGCAGAAGAUUUGGACCUAAGAAUGAAACAAAGGAUGAAAGGGGAGAACAAAUAUCUGGAUGGGAAGACAUUCUCAUCAGCCUCUACCUUGAGCAAAGCUGUUCGAAAAUCGCUGGAUAGUGAGACCCAUGUGUACACAGAGGGAACAGCGAGGUUCAUAUAUGGACAUGGAACUGCCUUCAAACACAAACAUGCUUGACACAAAGAAUACAAGGGAGCCUCCUAGCGAAAGCACAGAGAAACAACUGAAAAAAAAAUCUUGCUCAUUUUCUCAUUUUCAAUUGUGUUUUCACUUGAUCAUUAGUCUCUCUCUCUCUCUCUCUCUCUCUCUCUCUCUCUCUCUCUCUCUCUCUCUGCUUUUGUAGUUACUUGAAAGGAAUGAUAGAAUGGCAAUGAUCCCUGUUUGUGUUUCUCCCAAAGAGAUGUUGGAAAUUGAGAGCCCUCGUGUGGAAAGAAUUGUUAGAAAA